AUGGCGAAAGCUUCCCAUGCAUUGCAAAAAGGUGCUGUCGUCCAGCACACCGCCAAAACCCAUAACCUGAAAGGUCAACUGCCUGAAGGGAGCAUGGAACCUUUGGCAACAACCAUUCGUUUCGUCACGCUGAACUGUCGAACACUAUCGAGUGAACUCCAGCAAGCCGCUCUACCCAGACUUCUGCGAUAUCUCUGUGUGCCUUUUGCUGCACUGCAGGAAACACGCAUGAGGGAUCGGCCCGUCAUCAGCAUCGAAAAUUACACCAUAUACUGCGGCGAUGCUGAUGAGAACAAAGUAGGUAGCUGCGCGAUAGCUGUGAGGAACGAUUACAACCUGGUGGAGGAAUUUGGCUCAACGUCGUCUAGAUGCGCCUUUCUACGACUGCGGGAUCGCAGGGGACGUAAACUCUGGAUCGCAAGUGCUCACGCACCUACGGAAACUGAGGACAACAAAAAGGAUGCCUUCUAUGAUGAAUUGAAUGCGUUGAUGUCUAAAAUACCAAGCCAGCAGGUGGUCAUUGUCGGAAUCGACGCAAAUGCGAAGAUGGGACUCCAACAGCAAUCCGAUGUGCUAGGAAAAUGGUACUACGCAGCGGAGCGCACGUCGGACAACGGUGACCGUCUGGUCGACUUGUGCGAACACACGGGCCUCAUCAUCGCUUCCACGUUUAAGGAGAAUCGUCGACGCCAUCAGCUCAAGUGGCAAGGAUCAACCAUUUUAACGCCUGAAGAGCAGCGCAAGCGAAAGAAGAGGACUCUUAAACUUCAGCUCGACUACGUUCUGCCGAGGAACAUUCCUCAGUCAGAUAUCCGAAAAUCUAGAGCUGUUUUGGACGUUGCGUUCGACUCUGACCACCGUCUGAAAGACGAAGAAUGCAGAACGAAAUUCCGCCAACGUGUGUCUAUUCAUGUUGGUGUACGGACCAGGAAGAAGCUUAGCGAUGCGGAUUUCUUCACAAAGUGUGUCCAGGACGCUGCAAGAAGGAAACUGCAAAAAGACCGCGAUAACGAGUGGACGUCAAGACCGAUGGAGUUUGAGAAGGCGUGGGAGGACAGGAACCCGCGGAAAGCCUACGCUGUACUAAAACAGUAUAGCGGCGAAAUGAAAAGAUGUUCCCCUGUCCUCAACACUGCCGAUGGGAUAGCUGUCGGUGAAGCAACCCUUCCAAUUUGGAGGGAACACUUCAAGACCUUGCUGAACCGGCAAGCACCGUCAGCUCGUGAACUCGAGCACGCUCAUAGGUCGACAUAUGCGGUUAACGAGGAGCCACCGAACGAGUCGGAGGUCCUGGUCUGUAUUCAGAAAAUGAAGAGUGGAAAAUCUGGUGGAGACGACGGGAUUAGCGCAGAAAUGCUAAAAUAUCUGCUUCCGCCUGGUAUUCGUGAGAUGACAAUGAUCAUCCAUUCAAUAUGGAUAGACGAAAGGAUACCUGACUCGCGGAGACACGCUAUCAUAAUUCCCCUUCACAAGAAGUUAUCCGUCACGGACCCAAGGAAUUAUCGAAGAAUCUCUUUGCUGCGUGUUAUGAACAAGGUACUGAAGCGCAUUAUCCUAGACCGACUCAUUAAACAUCGCGAAGAAACAACGCGCGACGAGCAAGCUGGCUUUCGUCUUGGCCGAUCUACGAUUGAUCAGGUGUUCAUCGUCAGGAGAGUGCUCGAAAUCUGGCAGCGGUAUUCGAAGCCAAUGCAACUAGCGUUUCUGGACUUUGAAGCCGCGUUCGACUUUCCUCACCGAGGCCGUCUUUUCAACGCGCUUCGCGCCGAUGGAGCACCAGGAAAGUUCGUUCGCUUGCUUGAUGACAUGAAUCAACGAACAACUGCUGCAGUUCGAACACCAGCCAGAUGUACAACACCGUUUGAAGUGGUAACUGGAGUAAGACAAGGGGCGGUGGCAGGACCCUUCCUGUUCAAUUUUGCCAUCGACGACAUUAUGCCAAGAACAGUCGACCAGUGUCCUGCCGACAUUGUCUUAGCACCAUCAGGGUGCCCCUUGACUAACCUCGGGUACGCCGACGAUGUUGUUAUAUUCGCGGAAAGCAGUAUGAAACUUCAACAUGUUGUCAACCUUGUAUCGAAGCUCUGCAGCGUACGAACUAUGCCUACGCCCUGA